CGAUCACGCGGGCCAUCGUUGUCGUGGCCUGGCCGGCCGUUCUCGUCAUCUCAGUGGAGCUGUGGAAGCACCCCUGCUGCCCUGCAUAUAAACCAACCAAAGGCUCCGGCCUCCGGCGUGCACCUCCGCCCGGCUACCUCGACGUAGAAAGCUAGCGUCCGUGGUGCGCCGUUCUCUUGCUAGGUUGGCAGGCACAUGGCCACCGCCAUGCAGCACGCCACCGGCUCGAACGCGGCCGCGGCUGACGACGUGGAGAUGGUGGAGGCGAGCGAGCUCCGGCGGCGAAACAGGCCGCGCGGCGACGGGGGCGCCGUCGCCGCUGCGGAGGAGGACGAAGACGAGGCGGCGUCCGUGGAGCGCGCGUUCGCGGACCAGCGCGUGCCGUCGUGGCGGGAGCAGCUCACGGUGCGCGCCUUCGUGGCGAGCUUCUUCCUGGCCACCAUGUUCAGCGUCAUCGUGAUGAAGCUCAACCUCACCGUCGGCAUCAUCCCCUCCCUCAACGUCUCCGCCGGCCUCCUCAGCUUCUUCUUCGUCCGCCUCUGGACGGCCGCCAUGGAGAAGGUCGGCCUCCUCAGGCAGCCCUUCACCCGGCAGGAGAACACCGUCAUCCAGACCUGCGUCGUCGCCGCCUACGGCAUCUCCUUCAGCGGUGGCUUUGGUAACUACCUACUGGCCAUGAGUGAUAGAAUCGCUUCCCAGGCAGAUGAGGCAAAUAACCCUCAAAAUAUCAAGAAUCCACAUCUUGGAUGGAUAAUUGGUUUCCUGCUUCUUGUCAGCUUCAUUGGGCUCUUUGGUCUUGUACCUCUGAGGAAGAUCAUGAUCAUCGACUACAAGCUGACCUAUCCAAGCGGCACUGCAACUGCCUAUCUCAUAAACGGCUUUCACACGCCCCAUGGUGCCAAGAUUGCAGUGAAGCAAGUAAAGAAACUGGGCUUGUUCUUCGUGCUCAGCUUCUUCUGGGGUUUCUUUCAGUGGUUCUACACAGCCACCGAUACUUGUGGAUUCAACCAAUUCCCAUCAUUAGGGCUGCAAGCUUACCAGAACAGGUUUUACUUUGACUUCUCUCCGACCUAUGUCGGAGUUGGAAUGAUUUGCCCACAUAUUGUGAACGUAUCUGUUCUCCUUGGAGGCAUCCUGUCAUGGGGAAUAAUGUGGUCUCUCAUAGCCAAGAAAAGGGGUAUUUGGUUCUCGGCUGAUCUUGCUGAUACUAGUCUUCACGGAAUGCAAGGUUACCGGGUGUUUAUAGCCAUUGCCUUGAUUCUCGGUGAUGGCCUCUACAACUUUCUCAAGAUGCUCAUUCUCACAGCCUGGUCAUUAAGAUCUCAACACAAGAAGAGUAGCGCUAGCACACUUCCAAUCUCUGAUGAUGAACAAAGCAAUGGUACUGCAGCUAUAUCAUACGAUGAGGAGCGACGCAAUGAACUCUUUCUAAAGGAUCAAAUCCCCUGGUACAUUGCAUAUGGAGGCUAUGCUGCUGUUGCCGCCGUAUCUAUUGGCACUGUCCCGCAGAUAUUCCCUCAGCUGAAGUGGUACCAAAUAUUGGUAGCCUACAUCGUAGCACCGAUACUUGCCUUCUGCAAUGCCUAUGGAACUGGCCUCACUGAUUGGUCUCUCGUUACAACUUAUGGAAAGCUCGCAAUCUUUGCUUUCGGUGCGUGGACAGGUGCUUCACAUGGAGGUGUUCUUGCAGGUCUGGCUGCCUGUGGUGUGAUGAUGAGCAUUGUUUCUACUGCUGCUGAUCUGAUGCAGGACUUCAAAACAGGAUACCUGACACUGGCCUCACCAAGGUCAAUGUUCAUCAGCCAAGUCAUAGGCACUGCAAUGGGUUGCGUCAUUGCUCCCUGUGUUUUCUGGCUUUUUUACAAGGCCUUUGAUAAUAUUGGGAUCAGUGGAAGUGAGUACCCUGCACCAAAUGCUGCCAUCUUCCGCAGCAUGGCAAUAUUAGGUGUCGAUGGCUUCUCAUCGCUACCAAAGAACUGCCUUACUCUCUGCUACAUAUUCUUUGUUGGAGCAAUCGUUGUCAACUUGAUAAGAGAUCUUGUUCCCAAGAAGGUAUCAAACUUCAUACCAAUCCCAAUGGCGAUGGCAAUCCCAUUCUACAUAGGAUCGUAUUUCGCCAUCGACAUGUUCAUCGGGACAGUGAUCCUUUUUGUCUGGCAAAAGCUGGACAGAGCCAAAUCGGAAACAUUUGCACCGGCAGUUGCUUCCGGCUUGAUUUGCGGCGAUGGAUUGUGGGUUCUGCCUCAGUCGGUGCUUGCUCUUGCCAAGGUGAAACCUCCAAUCUGCAUGAAGUUUCUGUCAAGAGGGAUGAAUGACAAGGUGGAUGCUUUCAUCACAACAUUAUCGUAGAAUCUUCAGGGAAAUGGAGGAGUCACAGUUAUGAAUCAAAGAUUCAGAUUGAUGCCAACCGUCUGUGAAAUUUACAUUUGUCCUGUUAUUAAGAACAUCCAUAUGGGCGCAAUAAGCCGGUGUAGUCGAUAUAAGUAGAUAUGAAACUAUGUACAAAGCGAUGAAUUUACUCGUUUGCAAAUUAAUUUGCUCCCCAAGUGUGUGUGUGUGUGUGUGUGUGUAAAUAGUGUGGCAGGAGUUGCAGCAAUGUAUAUAUUUAUCUAAUUCGCUUGCAAUGCUGCAUACAAGAACAGAAAAUAGCAGGCUAAUAGUUUGUAAAUUCAUCACCAAGAAUUUACUGAGAAGAUUGCCAGUAGUACUAAA